UCUGUGUAAAAUGAUAAACGGAUUAAAGGAUUUGAGCUCUUUAUAUGAUUUGACUUCUCAUGCCAAGCCACAAAUCCUUGUAGAUCUCGGACCGCAAGCUGUUAGAAACUGCAUCAUAAAUACCCCAAAUACACCAGUGGAAUCUACUACUUUCAGCUCGACUUGAGGAUGAGCGAGGCGCGUGUGCUGGGUAAUCUGGAGGAUCCUUCUGUUUCUGGAUGGAGAUCCUGAUCUGUUGAGGAUGCUCGGUGUGCUGGUGUUACUCGUGUCUUUCCUCCUGGUGAGGAGCUCCAAGCUCUGCCCUCGUCAGUGUUUGUGUUACGAUGCGUCUGAACUGGUGGACUGUGGAUCCCGAGGGUUCACACACGUUCCCCGCAGUAUUCCACACGGCACGCAGCUCCUGGAUCUCAGUGGGAAUGAUCUGUGGGAGCUGAGGAGCGGAUCCUUCACUGGGACGAGGGUUCUCCAGGUGCUCCUGCUCUCACAGAGCCACAUACAGCUGCUGCGCUCCAAGGCGCUCUCCUCUCUGACCUUCCUGGAAAAGUUGGACCUGGCUUACAACGAGCUCCGUGUCCUUCCUCCAGAUUUCUCUCAAGGCUUGACCGCUCUUAAAGAUCUCCAGCUUUCCCACAAUGCUCUGCAACGCCUCGAGUCCCGCUCCUUGGAGGACCUAGAGAGUCUGCAGAGGUUGGAUCUCAGUCACAACCACGUUCAGGUUAUCGAAGCUGGUGCAUUUCGUGGUCUCUCCGUGCUGAAGCUGCUUAACCUCUCCUGGAAUCAGCUCACAGUCGUGCAGCGAGGUCUGCUCACCAUGCAACAGAGUCUGCCAGUUCUCUUCCUGGACCACAACAAUAUCUCCAAGAUCGAAACCCAAGCUCUGGCCCCCUUACACACCCUCACACUUCUGAACUUAGAAGCCAACCAGUUGAGCAGCCUGAAGUUCAAGACGUUGUUAAACCUCCAGACGGCCAGCACACAUCUGCAGAUGUCGGAGAACCCCUGGACAUGCGACUGCGAGUUACAUCGCGUCUUCAGUAAGAUUCUCCACGUCAGGCAUCUCCACGUGGACGAUUACAUGAACCUCACGUGCCAUGCUCCGCUGUCUCUGGGUGUGAUGCACAGUCAGCUGUGUGUGGCAGAAACGGCCACUGUCCUGCUCAUUACAGGAGCCGUGAUGGUCACUGUGGUGGCGGCUCUGGUCAUGGCAGAACGCAAGCAAAAUCAGAAGAUGAACCUGGAAAAAUAAGGAAAUUAUCCUAUGCCUUGGGAGUCUCCCAAACGAAGAAAGGAGUCAACAAGAGUCUUAUUUAACACAACAGCUCUUCAUUUGUGCAGAUUAUUAAGUACUUAUCUACAGUCAAACCAGAAAUCAUUCAGACACCAGAUAUCUGUAUUUAUUUUAUUACUAGUGGGUGCAGGACACUAAAACUCCUUCAUGUAUUCAUACAGUGGAUUAACAGUAGAAUACGGGACCAGCAAUUAUUCAGACACUCAAAUCUAAAGUACUUUCCAUAUAAAGUUACUAACUUAAUUUGUUACUUUUUUAAGGAAGCAGCACAAUAUCACUUUAGUGCAUUACCUUUAAAAGUAACUUUUCCCAACACUGUUUAAUCGUGUUUAAUUUUUCGGAGGAAAGUUGUGUGAAGCUGAUAUUGUGGGACGUUGAAAUCAUGUGACCAUUGUGUAGUUUAUUUAUUUCUAGGUUUAGCUUUCUGGCGACUGUAUUUAGGCUUAAACAUUUAUAAAAGUUGUGUUUGUGUGGAUCAUCAUGGUGAACUAAACAUACAGGAACCAGAAACGCUCCUGUGAUAGCCGUGGCUCUGGAGAACAUCCUCACCUGCAGCGGUUAUCAGUGCAUCUACACGGUCCACACUGCCUCAAACAAGCUGCGGAUGAUGGACACUCCAGAAAACCAUCCCCUGACCACUGUAUUAUGAUCAGACAGAUAUUACUGCAGAUAUAUAACAUUAUAUCACAGAUGGCUAAUGAUUUCCAUUAGCAGUCAGAGGCACAGAUUAAUAGGAAGAUCAACUUAGGCAAGUCAUUUGCUUAAAAAUCAUAUCUUAAUUUAGAUGUUAACAAUCCAUCAAGCAAUGGUGUGAGUCAAGAGAGGGCCAAACCUGCAUCUCAUCACUCCUCUCCUAAACAGCUUAGGACAAUAUGUAUCAGUUGUAUUCUAGAUUUGGCCAGCUUCUUUACCAGUUCUUUAAAUGAAGCUUCGUUAUCAUCACGUUAAACAUGCUGAUGCACGAAUGCAGUUUAAACACAAGCGCGCGAGUGUGAAGGGGAUUUGUUACAUUGUUGCAUGUCACGUGUUUAUUUGUUCGAACCGCGAACAGCAUCAACAUACUGAAGCAGUUCAGAAGCUGAACCGAGUCAGAAUAAAAGCUUCGAGCUGAGAGAAGAGAGAAAAACCUCAGAGAUGUUUUGCUGGUUACAGCAGCCAUGACUCCGGAUCACCUUCUUCCUAGGGUUAGUGAACGAAUCGUUCUUUUGAGUCGAUUCCUUUGAAUGGAUCAGAGGAGCGAUUCGUCUUCGAACUCGAGCGUAAAAGAUGCAAACAUUUUACAAAUUACACUUUUGUUCUAAACUUCAUUGUUUUCUUUCAGAUGGAGAAAUUGAACAUUGUACAAUUUUAAUGCAAUUUUAAAUAUAUUUUUGUAGCUUUCUUACUCAAAGAUUCUUAAAGACUGCAUAUAGCUCAGUCAACAAAACCUUUUUACGAGUAAACUUGCAUGUAUGAUUGUGAAAUCUGGUCAUAAAUAUAAAUACGUUGAAUAAAAGCGUUUUACAUACUCUUUAGAUCAUUUUAAGUAAAAGUAGAUUUUGCUGUAAAACGAAAGAGGUCUUGAAUACUGGAUAUUUUUAUUGGUAAAUUUCUGUGCUUUACGCCUCAAUAUAACUGAAUAAGUACAAUAUCGAUUCAAUAAUAACAUUUGGAAAACGAGUUCCAACAAGGACGUAAAGACAUUAUGAAGUAAGAAUUGUGAAUCAACCAUUUGAAUCGGUUAAUUAAAACGAACUGUUCAAAAGAACCGGAUCGCGGGAAUGAUUCGUCUUUCAGGAGCCUUGUUGGCAAACACUGACGGUCAUAAAGAGUUUCUCCUCCAGGGGGCGCAUGCUGCAGCAGAGAGCCUCCAGAGAAGUGUUUUACUCAACAGAUCAACUGAUUGAUUCGUUUCAAGUUAUUUCAGUUUGACGAGUGACGACCCAAAAUACAAUUAUUUAGUUAUACUUCUGUAAUCGGUCCACUCAGAUGAUGGCUUUUAAAAGUGGCAUCAUAUGACAAUUCAGUUCUUGUGCUACUAACUUUAGCAGUAAUGAAUACCUUUUAAAAAAUCUAAUAUUGACACUGAGAAACAGCUGAUUUUAAAUGCACUGAAAAACGCACUGUUAACCUAGGAAUAAUAAUAAACAAUAACAACUAUAUUAUAACCUAAACAUAAAUGAAUAAAUACAUUAAAAUCUAAAAAAAAAACAUGAUGCAAUGAAGUACAACAUUCAAAAUGCAGGUAAAACACAUUUAGUUUUUCUCUCACUGCCUCAGAGAUAAGUGGAAAUGCUUUUAGUUUAUCUAGUAAUAACAGGGCACACUCUUAUAUGCUAAGCAUCAAAAUUAUAUGUAAUUAAUAACUGAUUAAAUCUUAAUAAUACAAUAACACAGAUAUAUUACGAAAUACUACGGUACGUGUAGUGUAAAUUGUUUCAAAGUAGUAUUUUUAGUGUACACUAAAGUGAAAAAAAAAUUCAAAGAUAAUUACAUAGUAAGACAUACAAUUAAAUGUACAAUGUUGAAGUAGAAACAAAUUUAUUGUCACAUACUCUAGUAAAAAUAGUCACAGUGUAUAAGUGUUCACAUAGAUCACUAAAACACUCACAUCUGGUGUGAAUUAGAUUAGUGAUCGUGUUAAUGGAUGUUAGAUGACAGAACCGUCUCACCUGAAUCAAGACAAUUCAUGGUGGCAUUUUUAUUAUUAUAUUUGUUUUUUUGGUGUAAAUCAUGGUAAUAGUGUAUGAUAGUCAAAAAUCAAAUUAGCAAGGACACUUUCUAAAAACAAUGGAUCAGAUUUAAAGAUGUAUAGUGGUUGGAGCCGUGUGCUUUUAGAAGCUCUGUGCAGUCACUGAUCACGAAUCAAGCUCUCUGCUGUUAAUCCUGGACAGACCCAGAUCCAGAGAAGCGGAUUACCCAGAGUGCACCACACACACACACACGCACACGCACACACACACACACACACAGACACACACACACACACACACACGCACACACACACACACACACAUGAUCAGGUCUGACACUGUUCUCCUCGAAACUAUCCAGAAGAGCUGUUUAGACGUGCAACACUCGUAUCAUCAGAUGAUUGGAGGAAUGUAAGACAGCAUUAAUCCUGGGCCAAACGUUCCUGGAGCCUCAGAUUGAGUUUAACACAAUCAUCUCAGAGAUCUCAAGACUAUUCUAUAUAUCAGGACUGAUUUUAAACCAGAUUCCAAUGGGCUUCAAACACACACACACACACGCACACACACACACACAACUGGUAUGUCACACAUUAAUAAAGAGAGAUUUUUCAAGGUACUAAAUAAAACAAAGGUUUAAAUUUCACUUUAAUUUCAGUGUGUUCUAGGAAUUUCUUUGUAUUUUUGUGUGAAAUGUGCUCACAAUUUCUGAGUAAAUUCCUUUAAAGUAAAUCCUACACCAGUUUUUUUCUCUGUAUUUUCAGCAUCAUUCCUCCAGUCUUCAGUGUCACAUGAUCUUCAGAAAUCAGAAUAAUAUGAUGAUUUACUGCUCAAGAAACAUCUCUGAUUAUUAUCAGUGUUGAACACAGUUGUGCUGCUCAAUAUUUGUCAUGCAUGUUAUCGUUCUAGAUUCACAGAUGAGUAGAAAGUAUUGCUGACACAGUAAGUCCUUCAGUGCAGGAUCUGAGGGACACAUCGGGUCUGUCCUGCAGUGUUUAGAGGUGACUCCUCACAGCUGUCCUACCUGC